CUGGAUAGAACUGACAACGCGUAUCUUGGUUGUCGUGAAUGGCUGUAAAAAUAAUAAUUCGGCGAAUGUAGUAGCAUUAGUUGACUACCUGUAGGCAGUUUUAAGAACAGGGUUUAGAAGGUGCGAUUUGACGGUUUUGUGGGUUAGGAAUUUCAUGCGGCUCAAAGUGGCGAGCACUAGUCGGACAUGAGUAACUUGUUGCUCUUAUCACUCAGCCUGUUUACUUUUGGAGCAAAUGGCUUUAAUUUGGAAACACGUGUACCUCUCGUUAAACGGGGACGGGAAGGCUCUUAUUUUGGAUAUUCGGUAGCGGAACAUCAGGAGGUCAUUGAGGCUGGAACAGUGAAAUCGCAGAGUUGGAUGCUGGUCGGUGCACCGCUAGAUCAAAACCGACAACCGGAGACAAAUAGAUCGGGUGCUUUGUGGCAAUGCCCUCUUACGACACUAUCCAUGGACUGUGAUCAAGUCAUUACCGAUGGACGCUUAAGUUUUGAGUCCGAUGAAUUAGUGCCGCCGGGAAAUGAUGAAAUUAAAGAGAAUCAAUGGCUGGGAGUUACUGUUCGCAGUCAAGGUAUUGGCGGAAAAGUUAUGGUUUGUGCUCAUCGUCACAUCGUCAAAACGGCAGAUUCUCAAUGGGGCCAAGGGCAAUGUUAUAUAUUAACGCAGGACUUAAAGUUUCAAGAUAUUAAGAAACCCUGUUCCGGGAAACCAACUAACAAAGCUCACGAGCAAUUUGGAUACUGUCAAGCUGGUACGAGUGGUAUAUUAACAUCGGAAGAUCGAGUUGUAAUUGGUACUCCAGGUCCUCAUACAUGGAGAGGAACAUUGUAUCUCUUCACUGUAUCCGACGAGUUCUUAUCAAGGGAUAACACGGUAUACAAUGCUCCCAUGCAGGAUUCUUCACCUGUCAGCAAAUAUAGCUAUUUAGGCAUGUCCGUGACAGUCGGAAACUUUUUUGACAGUCGUUUGGCCUAUGCAGCUGGAGCUCCUCGCUCCAAUGGCACCGGACAAGUUAUACUUCUUACCCGACAGGAUUAUAAACCUGACAUGGAUGUCUCUUUGAUUCUGGACGGCGAACAGUUUGCUUCCAAUUUUGGUUAUGAAAUUACGUCAGCAGACGUCAACGGAGACAAAAUUACAGAUCUGAUAGUAGCAGCGCCAUUUUAUUUUGGCAAGGGAGAAGGAGGGGCUGUGUACAUAUAUACAACUCUGUGUAAAACUAUUAGAGAAAAUGAGAAGUGCAAACCAGUUAAACUUGUUGGUCGAGAAGAGUCAAGAUUCGGAUUUGCGUUAGCAAAUAUAGGUGACAUUAAUAAGGAUGGCUACGAAGACAUUGCCAUCGGUGCUCCCUAUGAAGGUGAUGGGGCAGUCUAUAUAUACCUUGGGUCAAGAAAUGGUAUAAUUACCCUGCCGUCACAAGUAAUUCAUGCUGCUGAAUUGCCUGCGACUUCUCUUCAAACAUUUGGGUAUUCGUUGAGUGGUGGUAUUGAUAUGGAUCACAAUGGAUACCCAGAUGUAUUGGUUGGAGCAUAUGACAGCGAUGCUGUUGUUUUGCUUCGUUCAAGGAAAAUAAUUGACAUCACUACGUACAUACGUUAUGCUAAACCGAACGAGACCUAUCAAGACAAAAUCGAACCUAUCGAUCCGAAUAAAGUUGGAUGUGCGGAGGAUCCCACGUCUAAUCAUACAUGCUUCUCAUUCGAAGCCUGCUGCAAAACUGAGUCUUUAAUGAAGGCAGAAGACAUGCAAAACUUAAGACUGAAUUAUUAUAUCGAGGCCGAGACGUACUCGGGAAUGAAGAAAUUCUCCCGUGUCUGGUUUGGCACUGGAAAUUCACGACCUCAUUACGUUAACCGCACGAUAACCUUGAGUCCCGUGAAACUCGUAUAUUGUCAACGUGAGAUAGUUUACUUAAAGGAGAGUACUCGAGACAUUCAAUCGCCUAUCAAGUUUCGCUUGAAUUACACCUUAAUACAAGAUGAACCCGUAAUGCCAGCCGAAGGUGAUCCACUUCCUGACAUAAAGAAGUUCCCGAUACUGAAUCAACAAGAAGCUGCUCGGGUUUUCGAGGCGACAUUCCAGAAAGACUGUGGAAACAACGAUAUAUGCGAAAGUGACUUACGAAUAAAUGCCAAACUAGAUUUAUCAGCGUCUUCCGUCAAACCUAAUUUCUACGAGCUUCUUUUGGGCGAGAGGGAAGAGAUAGUGGUCGAUGUGAGUGCUGUGAACGUCGGAGAAUCCGCCUACGAAGCCCAGCUGUUCAUAACUCACUCGGCGAACUUGAACUAUAUAGCGAGUAAGAGUAAUGAUUCGGUGAUUUGCAACCUACAUAACACGACAUUAGCGGUGUGUUCCAUCGGCAACCCGUUCAAAAAGGACAAGACCGUUAAUAUCCAAGUGAGGUUCGAUCCGAAAGGUCUGGAAGACAAUGAAUCCCAACUGGAGUUCGUUGUCUUUGCUAAUUCUACGUCUACAGAGGUGGCCGAGAAGAAACCAGUUCGUCUAGAAGCAACCGUCUUGAAACGAGCGGAAUUAUCCAUCAAAGGGAGCGCAAAAACCCAGUGGGCAUUCUACGGUGGCCCUGUCAUCGGCGAGUCUGGAAUUAAACAUCUUAAUGACAUCGGACCGAGAGUCUCUCACAUUUAUGAGAUUUUCAACGAAGGCCCGUGGAAAGUCAGCAAUCUGAAAGUUCGCAUCUCAUGGCCCUACGAGGUUGCCAACGAUAAGCCUCAUGGCAAGUGGUUGCUGUAUCUAGAAGAACUUCCUACGAUACAAGGUCAUGGCGAGUGUUCCCUUCCUCCAGGCCACGUGGCCAACCCAUUGAAGUUGCAAGGCAGCUUGAGUUACGAUGAUCUGGACCCUCUGGCUUCUCUUUCGACGUCCACCUCUUCCAAUUUCUACAAUCACACCGACUUCACCAGAAGAAGACGCGAUACGGAGAAGGUCGUCAACACGCGGACGAUCAUCGACAAGAAGGGUCGCAGACAUCAAGUUGUGUCUAUGAAUUGCAAAGCUGGGACUGCCAAGUGCUUCGAUAUCACCUGUGUCAUUUACAAUCUCCAGAGGAAGCAGGAGGCUGUUAUCGUAGUGAAGGCAAGACUCUGGAAUUCAACGUUAGUAGAAGAUUAUCCCAAAGUGGACAUGGUUAAGGUCGGGUCGAACGCAAGAAUUGUUAUCCCGCCGAACGUGGUGAUCCAGCAGGAGAAUCUGAAAGAUGAUUUCGCAAUAGCCGAAACAAUCGCAUACCCUGACCUGUUGGAUCAGCAGGAAGCAGAGCCCGUGCCAAUCUGGAUAAUUAUAGUUGCGAUAGUGGCCGGUUUGCUGUUGCUGAUACUACUUACCCUGGUGCUAUGGAAGUUGGGCUUCUUCAAGAGACGAAGACCAGAUCCAACCCUUUCUGGGAACCUUGAGAAGCAUAGGGACGAUAUCCCAGAAAAUGAGGCUUUGUUUAAGCACUGAAUGCAUAUAUAUAAGAGCCUUACGAAAGCGCAAAGUUAAUCUUAAGCUCUAAUAUCUCGGUUAAGUACUUAUAUACGAAGGUGGAUCACUUUCGCAAGGAAUUCGCAAUGCGCGUACGUUCCUCAAGGCUUCUCUACUUUGGCCGUACGAGAUCUGAUUCGACGCAGAUCUUUCUCUGCCUUCCAAGUCAGCCGAUUGACUUUGGAAAAUAAUCUCAAUCGGUUGCAUAUCGAUGUACUUAUUGGUCACUGAUUUUACCGUUUGCCGUUACCUCGCUCUUCAUUGGUAGCUUCACUUAUUUUCUUCUUUUCGUUUUUUUAAUAGAAAAUAGUAUUUAUUUUUGGCAGUCCCGUCCAUUAGAGAGCCGAAGCUAUAAGGUGUAUGAAAGGGUCAUUAUAUGUAUAUGGCUUUUAUAUAUAUAUAGAAGCCCAAACUGCUGGGCAUAGAAACAUGAAAUUUAGGGGGUACAUUCCUGUUGUAACACAGAUGCUCCUUAAGAAGGAGUUUUCCCAAAUUCAACCCCUAAGAGGGUGGAAAAGGGACAAAAUGUGUUUUUACAAAUUCCUACUUGCACAUAUCGCGAGGGAAGUCGCGGUGCUAGUAUAUGUAUGUAUAUGGAAACGUCAAAAUAUUUAUAAAACUUUUUUCCAGACGGCCCAUACCGAAUCAUUUGACAUUUCAACACGUGAUUAUGGAGGCCCUAUGAAAGA